AUGAUUAAUGUGAAACACAGUGUAACCUAUGCAGUACAUCCUAUCUACAUAUCGGAAAUGACGCCAACAUCUGUAAGAUCCUUGUCGUAUUCGAUUAUCAACAUACCACAAAGUAUAGGAAUCAUUGUGGCACCAUAUCUUCGCCAUAUUAGCCUUGGUCCGGAAUACGCGAAAUUCGUCGUCGUUGGACUGUUAUGCAUUAUCGCCGGAGUUCUCUGCGUUUUUCUACCCGAAACGAAAGAUCGCCCAAUGCCCCCGGAAAUCAAAAGUCUGACCGCAACAGAUGAUCAUACCGUUGACAACAGAGACAGAGAAGAGCUGCUG